AUGGAAAAAUUUAUUCCAAAGGCGUUGGCAAAAGAGGCAGAGACAGAAUGGCAGCUAUGGGAAAAAUCUAUUGAGCAGCAGGAGGACAAAGCCGAGACAGCACCCAACGAGCCUACUCCUUUUCUGCGGUGGACAGCGCCAGUUUAUAACACAUACAAGGCAAACUGGGAUGUGUCGGUGAAACCAGUUUCUAGGCAUUUUGGAGUGGGCAUCAUUGUUCGGGAUUACAUGGGCCAAGUGUGUGCAGCCUCAUGUCUUGCCUUCGAAGGACGUCCGGACCCUACAGUGGCGGAGGCGAUGGGGGCUCUUUGCGCCGUGGAAUUUUGUCGAGAUUUGGGCCUCAAAAAUAUUAUGAGCUGGAGAAUGGAACAUGUACGCCGUGCCGCAAACGAAGCAGCUCAUGGAUUGGCAAGGGCAGCUGAAAUUACGGGGGUUGAUAGAAUUUGGAUGGAAGAAGUUCCGGAGGUUGUACAUGAUAUAGUUGUUUUAGAGCAAUUUGCUCUUAUUGUUUAG